AAAAUUUUGUAUAAUAAUUCAACCAAUCAAUUCGUACUUAAAAUUCAUAGACUUGAAUUAUGUGUUAGUAUCUUUACUGCCUUACAGAUUUUUCUCAAAUUUCUUUCUCUCUUAAUUUCUGAUUUUUAAUCUAAGUGAAUUAAUAUGUCUUCAAAAACAGAAAAAGAAAGACAGAAGUUAAUACAAGAUAGAUGCCAGGCCUUAUUGAAUCAAAUGCUAAAAGAUGACGAUAAUAAAUAUUGUGUGGAUUGUGAUUCAAAAGGUCCCAGAUGGGCAUCCUGGAAUUUAGGAAUUUUUUUGUGUAUUCGGUGUGCAGGGAUUCAUCGAAAUCUUGGGGUACAUAUAAGCAAAGUGAGGUCUGUUAAUCUAGAUUCCUGGACACCUGAGCAAGUAGCUAAUUUACAGCAGAUGGGAAAUAGUCGUGCUCGUGCUGUAUAUGAGGCUAAUCUACCUGACAAUUUUAGGCGACCUCAAACUGAUUCUGCAUUAGAAGCUUUUAUUAGGUCAAAAUAUGAGCAUAAAAAAUAUAUUGCCAAAGAAUGGGUUCAGCCUUCAAUUCCUAAAGUUAAUUGGGAUAAAGAAUUAGAAGAAGAAGCCGAAAAAUUAAAAAAAAAAAAGAGGGAAUCUAAACUGGGAUCAGUUGUUCGUAAUGUACCAUCAAUCAUACCAAACCCAUUACCAAAACCUGCCUCUCUUAGCCCAAAGUUGACAUCAAAUAAGAAGUUAUUAUCCACUGAAUCAAUUAAUUCCACAGAUCUUCUUGGAUUAGAUACCCCAACAAAAGAUUCUAAUCCAACGUUAAUUGAUACAUCGUUUGCAUCAUCGGGUUCAGAUUCUACUGAUCCAUUUAGUAGUUUUUUAAGUGCAUCUUUGUCAUCUGCAACUACAUCUCCACCACAAACACAGCAAUCAGUAGACUCUACAGUAAAACGUUCAUCGGAAGAAGAUAACUUUUUUAAUCAAUCAGCUGCAGCUACAAAAAAUAAACUUACUACUGACUCAAUUUUAGCGCUUUAUGGAAAAUCUCAACCAAACAAUAUUUCCACUAGCCAAUUUAAAAGUCAAAAUAAUGGAUUUGUUACUUCACAACCUCAGCCCUUUUUUAAUGCUUUCAACAAUAAUGGUUUUCAAAAUAUGCAAUCAUUUCCCCAAGUCAAUGUAACUGGACUACCUACUAAUUUACUAUCUAACAGCUCAAUUGACUUUAAUAAUGCUCAAACAUCAAAUCCAUUUUACAAUAUGGCAGCAAAAAACGCUUCUUCCCAAUAUCUUAAUAAAGAGAAUCCAAUAAAUACAACUAGCCAGUUUUCUGUGUUUGAAUCAUCUAAUCUAGCCAAUUUGCCACAACAAAUGAACCACAUGAAUUUAGGAUGUCAAACUACUGUUCCAUCAAAUACUAAUGGAUUUGGAGAUUUUAACACUCAAACCCAAAAUAAUCAAUCUCUUUCAUCUAACUUGUGGCAAUAGAAAUAAAUGUGGUAGUUCAUAAAUAUUUGAUAUUUUGUAUAUGUAAACAAUAUUUCUCUGAUUUUACUAUCUGUACAAAAUUUCAGGUCGUCUUAUUACUAUAGUAUUAUUAUAUUUUGCUUCGCCUAUAAACAUACCGUCCAAAUAAUGGGAUUAGAGCAUGUAUACAUAUUAAACAAAUUAAGCUUUAAAUAAUUAAAAAUACAUAAUUGUACUGGUGUUAAAUUUUACUAUUAAAGCAUUAGUUGUUGUUGUCACAAAA